AUGGUCCUCGGGACCAGGCGGUGGCGCAGCCCGGAGCGGGGCCCCAUCCCGGGCCGCGCGACGGAGGCCGGGCGGGCAAGUCCUCGGGCACCGGCUGGAGCAAGCUGGCUGUACAGCCCCGCCAGGCCAGGCCGAGGCAGGAUGGAACUCUUCAGGAGCUGGGCCCGUUCCCCUGGCAACGGCGCGGGCUACGGCGCCCCACAGCGGCCAAACCGCGCUGCGUCGCUUCGCGCCGGCACCAAGCUCCCGCAGCAAGCCGGUUUUGUGGCCGCCGGCAGCUUAGGUGUGAGCGCGCGUCAGGGCGUGUGUGUGCGCGUGGGACCUGAGGCCGCGCAUGGCGUGGGAGUGCGGCGCGUGGGAGUGCGGCGCGUGUGCCCGCGGCGGCUGCUGCGGCAGGGCUGUGACUCUGGUUUUGGCAAGGAGACGGCAAAGAAGCUAGACGCUAUGGGCUUCACGGUGCUGGCCACCGUGUUGGAGUUGGAUGGCCCUGGUGCCCUAGAGCUGCGUGCCUGCUGUUCCCCUCGCCUAAGGCUGCUGCAGCUGGACCUGACCAAGCCAGCAGACAUCAGCCGAGCACUGGAGUUCACAAAGGCCCACACCACCAGCACAGGCUUGUGGGGCCUGGUCAACAAUGCAGGCCACAACAAUGUAGUGGCUGAUGUGGAGCUGUCUCCAGUGGCCACAUUCCGCAGCUGCAUGGAGGUGAAUUUCUUCGGUGCGCUUGAACUAACCAAGGGCCUGUUGCCACUGCUGCGGCGUUCUAGGGGUCGCAUCGUGACUGUGGGCAGCCCAGCAGGAGACAUGCCAUACCCAUGCUUGGCGGCCUAUGGGACCUCCAAAGCAGCCAUGGCACUGCUCAUGGACACAUUCAGCUGUGAACUUCUGCCCUGGGGGGUCAAGGUCAGCAUCAUCCAGCCUGGCUGCUUCAAGACAGAGUCUGUGCAGAAUGUGGGCCAGUGGGAGCAGCGUAAACAGCUGCUGCUGGCCAGCCUGCCCCGAGAGCUGCUCCAGGCCUACGGUGAGGACUACAUCGAGCACUUACAUGGGCAGUUCCUGCAUUCGCUGCGCCUGGCGCUGCCAGACCUCAGCCCAGUUGUAGAUGCCAUCACCGACGCACUGCUGGCAGCUCAGCCACGCCGCCGCUAUUACCCAGGCCGUGGCCUGGGGCUCAUGUACUUCAUCCACUACUACCUGCCUGAGGGCCUGCGGCGCCGCUUCCUGCAGACCUUCUUCAUCAAUCACUGUCUGCCAAGAGCACUGCGGCCUGGCCAGCCUGGCUCUACCCCAGCCCAGGAUGCAGCCCUGGACCCAGACCCAAACCCAGGCUCUUCCCCCAUGACAGCCCAAUGA